CUCGGUUGUUGACGCCCUCUUAGCUUGGGCCUAUAUAUACUCGUGCCAUCUCCUCCACAUUUCAUCAUGCAUGAGCACUCUCUCACACACUACUACCUCCCUAUCUUAUAACGCGAUCGAUCGACCCUGAUUAAAGGUAGCCAAGUGAUCAUCGUAUCACUCGAGGGAGGAGUUAAAGAAAAAUUAAAGGAAGGUGCGGCUCCGUUGAAGUGGCCGGCUGGCCGGUGAGCUAGCUAGGGAGCGAGCGAGCAUGGGUACCAUCGGGUUCCCGGUGACGAGGAGGAGCAGGUCGCUGGUGGCGCCGUCGUCGGCGACGCCGCAGGAGACGCUGCGGCUGUCGGUGAUCGACCGCGUGGCGGGGCUGCGGCACCUGGUGCGGUCGCUGCACGUGUUCGACGGCCGGCGCGGCGGGGAGGCGGUGGUGAAUAAUAAUAAGACGCCGGCGCCGGCGCCGGCGGAGACGGUGCGGGAGGCGCUGGGGAAGGCGCUGGUGGACUACUACCCGUUGGCGGGGCGGUUCGUGGAGGAGGACGGGGAGGUGCGGGUGGCGUGCACGGCGGAGGGCGCGUGGUUCGUGGAGGCGGAGGCGGCGUGCACCCUGGAGGAGGUGAAGCACCUGGACCACCCCAUGCUCAUCCCCAAGGAGGACCUGCUGCCGGAGCCGCCGGCGCCGGACGUCGACCCCCUCGACAUGCCGCUCAUGAUGCAGGUGACCGAGUUCGCGUGCGGCGGCUUCGUGGUGGGGCUCAUCUCCGUGCACACCAUCGCCGACGGCCUCGGCGCCGGGCAGUUCCUCAACGCGGUGGCGGACUACGCGCGCGGCCUCCCCAGGCCCCGCGUGUCCCCCGUCUGGGCGCGCGACCUCAUCCCGGCGCCGUCCAGGAUCGUGUCGCCGCCGCCGCGCUUCGAGCUGCUGGACCUCCGCUACUUCACCGUGGACCUGAGCCCGGAGCACAUCGCCAAGGUCAAGUCCAUCUUCUUCGAGGCGACGGGGCAGCGCUGCUCGGCGUUCGACGUGUGCGUCGCCAAGACCUGGCAGUCCCGCGUCCGCGCGCUCCGGCUGGACGGCGGCGACCCGGCGCGGCCCGUGCACGUGUGCUUCUUCGCCAACACGCGGCACCUCCUGCCGCAGCUGUCGGCGCCCGGCGGGUUCUACGGCAACUGCUUCUACACGGUGAGGGCGACGCGGCCGUGCGGCGAGGUGGCGGGCGCCGGCGUGGUGGAGGUGGUGCGCGCCGUCCGGGACGCCAAGGCGCGGCUGGCGGCGGACUUCGCGCGGUGGGCAGCGGGCGGGUUCGAGCGGGACCCCUACGAGCUCACCUUCAGCUACGACUCGCUCUUCGUCUCGGACUGGACGCGGCUGGGGUUCCUGGAGGCGGACUACGGGUGGGGCGCGCCGGCGCACGUCGUGCCCUUCUCCUACCACCCCUUCAUGGCCGUCGCCGUCAUCGGCGCGCCGCCGGCGCCCAAGCCCGGCGCGCGCGUCAUGACCAUGUGCGUCACGGAGAAGCACCUGCCGGAGUUCCAGGACCAGAUGAACGCCUUCGCCGCCGGGAACCACCAGUGACGACGACGGCGUGCGCCCAUCGCCAUUAUGGAUCGAUCGAUCGUCUAGCUUGCUAUGCCUCUCUCAAGAACUGCAUGCUGAGUGGAUCUAUUUGCUUGCUGCGUGUAAUUUGUAGUAUUUCAAACUCGCCACAACUAGCGUUGCCUGCCAGCAGGCUCUGCCCGAAAAUGGAAGCGUCUGUAAAUCGUCGCGGAUGAAAUAAAAACCGAGAUGCACGAUUAAUUUGUGCAUGGCUAGCUAGAUCGAGUUUGGUUGUGUGCUAGCUGCAAGUGUGCGUCUUAUUGUCUGCGUCUGUGCUUUGUAAAAAGAAAAUGGUCUUGCAACGUUAAAAAAAAAACAGAAGCAUGAUUUGUACAUG